GAGGCGCCGCGCCGGGAGAAGACCGGCGGGGGGGCGGACACACUCGCCUGAGAGCUGUCAUGGCGGCCGCCGGGAGGGCUGGGGCCCGCUCUGCGCUUUUCCUGCUCCUCCUCUGCGCUGCCGCGGGCUCCGCGUGGUGCUGGGACCAGCAGGGGAGAGUUCUGCUCAGGGAGGUGCAGGCGCUCACCCUCCGGAGAGGCGAGUACACGGCGUCCCGGCGGGCACCUGCGGUCCCUCAGCUGCAGUGCACGGGAGGCUCUGCUGGAUGUUCCCGUGUCCCCGAGGUUGUUCAGUGUUACAACAGAGGCUGGGACGGCCAUGAUGUACAGUGGCAGUGCAAAGCAGACUUGGAAAAUAAGUACCGUUUCGGACGAAUGGAAGUGAGCUGUGAGGGCUACGAUUAUCCGGAUGACCCUUACAUCUUAAGAGGCUCCUGUAGUUUGCUGUUCAGGCUAGAGCUGACUGAGGAAGGUGAAAGGAAAGUGAAGAACUCUGGAAGCUUUGGCUCUAGCUAUUAUCAGUCAAGGAAAGAUUCUUCUGAUUCUGGUGCUGGAGCAAUUGUUAUAAUAGUUCUUCUGGCUCUUGCUUUUGGAGUAUACAAGCUCUUCCUCAGUAACCAGCAGCCUCAGCAGAGUUUUGGUGACAGUGAUGGAUUCACUAGGCCUUCCUGGCAGAGUCAGCAGGCUCCUCCUCCUCCUGGUUUUAAGUCCAGCUUCACAGAGAAGAACAGCUUUGGGACUCAUUCCCAUCACGGAACCAGUUCAGGACCAGGGUUUUGGACUGGAUUAGGAACAGGAGGCUUGCUAGGCUACUUGGCUGGCAGUCACAGAGCACAGCCACAGUCCCCAUAUUACAGGAUGUGGACAGAUCCCGCAGCUGCACCUCCAAUGAAUGGGCAGUCAACCAAUUCCACACAAGGCAGCAGCUCAGGAACAAGAACUGCUUCUGGCUUUGGGGGUACAAAACGAAGAUGAACUCCUUGACAUUAUUACAUCUGAGUGAUUGAACUAAAUCUUCCCUUAUACUAAUACCCUUUUUAUUAGUAGUAGGCUUCAGAAAUGGAUAUCAGAAGAUAUGGAAAGGACUAGGCAAAGAAUUCCUCUCUUUCUCUGGAAAUGUGGAAUUUCAGUCUUGUUUCAUGUAUCACAGGUGUUGGAACAUCUGUUAUUUCAAAACAACAGUUUAUCAUAAGAUACAAAAUAAACAUAUCCAAGUUAAGAAGAAUGAUAUUUCAGUGCCUAUGUAUCUGUCUAUACUUGAGGGAUUAUGGCAAUGGUAGCCUUACCAGAUUUUCAAAGCAAGUAGUUUACUUGUGUUCUGGGCUUAAUUUCAUUUAAUCCAGAAUUUCAGAGUUUUUUCUUUUUCUUGGUGGUCCUGCAUCUGAAAGGCCUAGUGUAUAAUCCACCUGAUAUCUAAGGGUUGUUGCUCUUUGAAGCUACUUUUGUUUGUCUUUGUAAAAUUCAUGUGAACAUUACUGUAUGUGCAGUCAACUACUCAGAUGAGUGUUUGGGUUCUUCCUUAGUGGAAAAGAGCAAAACUAUAUCUAUAGGGACAGACUAAUAUAAUGUUUGUAUCUGUGCUAUGUGACUGCUGGAGCCAAAAUUUGCAGAUUUGAGGAUGUUGUAUGUUUUAGGGCUUAUCUAAGUAGCUGUGCAAACCUGGGGGAUUUUGUGUAUAAAUUAUGAAAAAAAUAACCUGAAAAGAGACAAGAUUGUCCUUCUCAAAUUUGGACCUUCUUCUGGAAAUCUGAGGUAAUUUCAAUUCAUGUGGCUACAGGGACUUUGCCCACACUGAGGGUCCAGACUUUUCUUUUUAUGGUGGAUGUUAGCAAUUAAGUGAAAACUUCUGAUAUGAGUGGUCUGGCCUGUUAGAUGACCUGUCCAGGACACAGUAAACCAAAGGUGCUUGUUGCAAAAGGGAAGGGAGCAUUCUUAAUCCAAAGGUGGUAGUAUCUCUGAAACAUAGCAGGCCUUGAGACUAAUCAAAGAAGGAAAAUUAAAUGUUUAAUGGGAUGUAAACUUUCCAAAUGUGCUUUUUAAAAACAAAAUGCUGUCAGAGUGGGACGCAGAGAGGCCUUGCUUCGUUCUGUGGUGAUAAUUUGGGACUCUGAGAAGUGUCAUAUAGUUCUUAUGUGAUUGACUGUGCCAGGGGAGAGGCAUUACUGGAAAAAAACAGAUAAAUUUCUCAGGAUUAGCGGGAGAAGGCAGAAGGUGAGUGAAAAAUGGGCUGCCUGACCACCAGGUCUUCUCCCAAGGCCUCCUAACAGAGCUUAGAAGUGUGUGUGUGUGUGUGUGUGUGUGUGCACACGGCAUGUCUAUGCUGGCAGCAGUCUGUGAAACAUGGCUUUCAUUCUUGUGAAAAUACUGUGUCUGGGAAUUGAUGUAAACUAUUACAGCAAAAGCAAAGCUCUGUUUUGCUGAUACAAGCUGCAUCUCCACAAGGAGAUUUAGCAGGUAUGGUUAGUCUGGGAAAGUGACUUAACUGUUACUCUUCAAAAAGCAACUAUGUCCAUUCAUGAGUACAGAAAUAUUUGGCUCAGAUAAUACCAGAGUUCAAUGUCUGGCUUCAGCAAGAAAAAAAAAAAAAAGAAAAAUCUUUUAAGAAGUCAACGGAAGCUAUGAAAGUGUAGAGCUUGCAGUGAAAAAGUGGGAAUCGUGAUAAAAUUGAUAACUUAGAGAUAAAAUAGUGGUUUGUUGCUCAGAGCUGAUUGAGGAUUGGGGGAAAAUAUCUUAAUUACAGCCUGCUCUAUCAGCCUAGAAGGGGAAAUGUCAAAGAUCUUACUGCUGGCCUAUUAGAAAGUUUUACCUUUUUUGAGGAAACUUACAUGAUGAAUCUUAUCCUUUUGACCAAAUAUAGCAAAAUAAUUAUUUUAAAUGUGGAGUUUUUAUGUAUUUGUAUUCAGGUUGAAACUGAAGUCAAUACUCUCUUUGCCAACUAAUUAUAGAACAAUGAAACUGGAUUUUUGUUAACUGGGUAGUUUGGAGCUGAAGUUUGCUCUCAAGUUAUGAUGUCUUACGAAAUGCUUUAGACAUUGUUUUUAUUUGUAUGUAUAGUUUCUGCAUGAAAUGUGAUUUAAUGCAUAAACUUGAUGAAUUACCAUGGUUUCUGAAUCUGUUCACAGGAUAUUUUUGCCCUUCUCUGAUAAAGUAAUGAAAUAAAGAAAUAAUUGAAGUUAA